UUUGGUCACAAGUUGUAGAGAAUUUUCUAAUUUUAAGAUAUACGUAAAGUCGUAGUUCUAGGAGUUCCGGCUAUUUGUGAGAUCAUCACAAGCUUAUCUCAGUGCAAGUGAUACGGUAUAAGUAUAAUAAGAUGAUCCGUGAUGGCAGAUAGUGUUUAAACGUGUUUCUAGCGACUCUAGGCUUGAAAAAAAACUGCAGUUUGAUUCCGUGUAUCAGAAUAUAUGAUUUCUUGCCAUAAUGCCAUCUAUAUAUUUUCGGGUUGUUAUUCCUUUAACGUCUUGAAAUUAGACUAACUAGAGAAGAAAUGUCUUUUAGCUUGCAGAUGAGAAGGGAGUUAUUGGAGUAAUUUCAUUCGGUCUUGGUAUGCAGUGAUCCCAUGAGUCUAAAAAAACUUGAAGGUGGGAUGAUGGAAACACAAAACAGUAUCAGAAAUCGGUAUGCUAAGCUUUUAGAGGGUUCUUGGUUUACCCAAUUCUGUCAUGGGUCGAAUCCUUGGAUGGCUAGAUACGUCUACAGUGUGUUGUUUCUUCUUGCAAAUUUGCUUGCAUGGGCUGUUCGAGACUAUGGACCUAGUGCAUUGACAGAAAUGAAGAGAUUGAAAAGUUGUCAAGGCGGCAAAGACUGUUUAGGCACAGAAGGAGUUCUAAGGGUCAGCAUGGGAUGUUUUAUAUUUUAUUUUACAAUGUUUCUUUCAACCGUUGGUACAUCAAAGUUGCAUGUUAAAAAAGAAUUAUGGCAUUCUGGUUGGUGGUCACCCAAGGUUUUCCUCAUGAUUGCGCUAAUCGUAUUGACAUUUUUUCUUCCUACCGAAAUGAUUCUGAUAUAUGGGGAUGUUGCACAUUUUGGUGCAGGGGUAUUCUUGCUAAUUCAGCUAAUCAGUAUAAUCAGCUUCAUUACAUGGCUGAAUGAUUGUUGUCUAUCGGAAAAAUAUGCUGCAAGAUGCCAUACUCAUUCAAUGCUGCUUGCAACAGCUGCAUACAUUGUGUCCAUUCUCGGGAUCAUUCUAAUGUACAUUUGGUACACGCCACAGCCAAGUUGCCUGCUCAAUAUUUUCUUCAUCACGUGGACACUUGUACUCCUACAACUUAUGACUAGUGUUUCUCUUCACCCAAAAAUCAACUCAGGAUUAUUGACUCCAGGUUUUAUGGGACUCUAUAUUGUGUUCCUAUGCUGGUCUGCAAUCAGAAGUGAACCACCAGAUGAUAAAUGUCUCAGGAAAUCGGAAACUUCAAGAGACUGGCUAACCAUAAUAAGCUUUGUUGUUGCUGUACUCGCCAUAGUUAUUGCUACAUUUUCAACUGGAAUUGAUUCUAAAUGCUUUCAGUUUAAAAAGGAUGAGCCACAAGACGAAGACGACGUGCCAUAUGGUUUUGGAUUCUUCCAUCUUGUAUUCGCAACGGGAGCCAUGUACUUUGCAAUGUUAUUAAUAGGCUGGAAUUAUCACCACCCCAUGAAAAAGUGGACCAUUGAUGUUGGUUGGACUAGCACUUGGGUCAGAAUUGUAAAUGAGUGGCUUGCUGUCUGUGUUUACUUGUGGAUGCUAGUAGCACCAAUUAUAUGGAAAAACAGACAAGUCGACGAUUCCACAUGAGAAGGACGUACACUCCAAACGAAGCAAGUCGGCUCGUUCUCCACCAAAUAGGUUACCAUAUACAGUACUACGUAAAAUCGAGGAUGGGGGAGGUAUAUGCCCCUGUAAAUAUUUAGCCAGAAGAUAUACAAUUAUUUGUAUCUGAUGUUGCAUAUGAGACACAUGUAGAGCCAAAACGAAAGUAACAUAACCAAAUGUCUGCCUAUUCUUACUGAUGUAAUGCAAUAUUUUGUGUUUGACAUAAUACAAACAGGAUGUAACAAUAUUGAUGAAAAUUUGUUUUAUCAUUAUAGUGGAAUAAAAUUUGUUUUGAUUUUACUUUUGAA